UCUGCGUCUGUCGCUUACUUAAGUGCUGUCCUUUCUCUUUGCUCACGCAGUAAGUCCGAUCGAUCCGGUUGCGUAGCGCGUGCACGGCUGAUCAAACACAUCUGUGCUCUCGAGCUCCACAUCACCUGCUGCUCGCACCAACUUCCUCUGACACAGUUGGGCCUGCGAUGCUGUAGUCUGUUAAGCCAGGACCUUGCUUGAGUACUCAUCCCCAGAAUGAGCUUCUCCCCUGGGCCAGUCACUAAGCCAGCCUCCCCUACCCUGCAGCAGGAGCUGGACUCACCUCCUCUUUCCUCCCCUAUUUACGCCUCCUCGCUCGGCAACCACACCAUCUGCAUUCCAUCUCCCUAUGUGGAGACCAGUCAGGAUUACUCACCACCACACGGGGGAGAAUUCAACCACGGAGCCCUAACACUCUACAGCCCAGUGUCCUCCACUUUGCUGGGAUUUUCCCAUUCCCCUGUGUCCGAAAGCUUGGUCCCACUCAGUCCGACAAUCUUCUGGCCUCCCCUUACCACACACACUGCACUCUCUCUCCACUGCCCACCUCCUUUGGCUCAUUGCGAAACGUACGCACACACCGGGUGGGAAGACGCGAAGACACUUAGCCUUAAUCAGAGCAGUUCUGUCCUUGCUCAUGCAAAGUUGUUAGGGCGGCAACUGGAAGGUGAUGAUGCCUUGAAUCCUUUGCCAGGGAUUGUGAGUAAAGGAGACACAUACUUCUGUGCAGUGUGUCAUGACUACGCCUCUGGGUAUCACUAUGGUGUCUGGUCAUGUGAGGGGUGCAAGGCUUUCUUCAAACGGAGCAUUCAAGGACACAAUGACUACAUUUGUCCAGCUACCAACCAGUGCACUAUCGACAAGAGCAGACGCAAGAGCUGCCAGGCCUGUCGACUGCGCAAGUGCUAUGAAGUGGGCAUGAUGAAGUGUGAUGUGAGGCGGGAACGCUGCAGUUACCGUGGUGCUUGUCAUCGCCGCACCCCCCAGAAUAGAGAAAGCUUGGGCGGGGCAUUAGGGGUCAGAGGUCGCUCCCAGCACCAUCUAGAAUUUCCUCUCAAUCCCCCUCAUCAUCCUUUCCCUUCAGGGGGUGGGGCUGAGCGGCGUGGCCUGAACCUCUCCCCUGAGCAGUUGGUGAACUGUAUUCUGGAGGCGGAGCCUCCUCAGAUUUACUUGCGAGAGCCAGUUAAGAAGCCGUACACAGAGGCCAGUAUGAUGAUGUCACUAACCAACCUCGCUGAUAGGGAGCUUGUGCUCAUGAUCAGCUGGGCUAAGAAGAUACCAGGUUUUGUGGAGCUGAGUUUGUCAGAUCAGGUGCAUCUAUUGGAAUGCUGCUGGCUGGAUAUUCUCAUGUUGGGAUUAAUGUGGAGAUCUGUGGAUCAUCCCGGGAAACUCAUCUUCUCACCAGACCUCAAACUCAACCGGGAUGAGGGGAGUUGUGUUGAAGGCAUAAUGGAGAUCUUUGACAUGCUGCUGGCCACCACCUCCAGAUUCAGAGAACUGAAGCUACAGAGAGAGGAAUAUGUGUGUCUCAAAGCCGUGAUCCUUCUAAAUUCCAAUAGUUGUUCAAGCUCACCACAGAACCUUGAUAAUGUGGAGAGUCGUGGGAAGGUUCUGAGGCUGCUGGACUCUGUGACUGACGCUCUGGUUUGGGCCAUCUCCAGAACCGGACUGUCCACACAGCAGCAAUCCAUUCGGCUCGCCCACCUGCUUAUGCUGCUCUCACAUAUACGACACCUCAGCAACAAAGGCAUUGAGCAUCUGUCGAGCAUGAAGAGAAAAAAUGUGGUGCUUCUGUACGAUCUUUUGCUAGAGAUGCUGGACGCGAACACUUCUCAGAGCAGCCGCAUGCUGCCGGCUGACACAGAUUCCGCCCACCAGCCAGACACACAACAGACCCCAGAAACCCAUCUAAACUCAUCAAGACUGCAGCCUGCAUUGAAAGAGAGCGACCCUGUGACCUGCCACAGUCCACAAGCGGAGUCACUGGACGAGACGUUGCAUUCUUGGUUGAACAGAGAGGAUAUGGACACAGACUGACAAUCUCCCUUUUGUGGGUUAAAAACCUUCCUGGAUCCAGAACUGCAUUCGGACCGGACUUGGCAGAAAGGAACUUUUAAUGACAAACGACAACCUGAACCAAACAGGGCUUACAAACAACUAAAUCCUGCUUCAACAAAACCAAAUUUGAGCUACAUUAUUUUCCUUUUUCUAUGACGUCAUCCCGAAAAUAAAUCCUUUUUCAUACAAUCAUAACACGUCGUGUUCAAUGUUCAAGAAACCUCAUAUGUUCUACCGCUGAAUCUUUUUAUAGAUAUAGCUGGUUCAUUUAAAGGUGAAGUUUGUAAUUUCUGCACCACUAGUGGCAACAAAUGGAAUUGCAAAAAUAAUGAUUGUGUUCAAACACUCCCCCCACUUGCCAUUGUUCAAUAAAACAAAUAGUCUUGCCCCAAACUCACGCCAUUGGUUAACAAAACAAAUAGUCUCACCCCAAACUCACACCACUGGUUGAGCCAGUGUUUUAAUGUCACCGGCCUGCACAAACAAACAGAUUGCAAUAGUGGCACAGAAAUUACAUACUGCUCCUUUAAAUAUUUGGUUUGUGUUCCUGCUCUUCAGCAAACUGACCAGUUAAGCAAUGGCGAAUGACUGCUAGUGAUGAUGAGGUUGAGUUUAGUGUAUCAAAGAUCUCAGAAAAAAUGCUGACUCAUUUGUUCCUCUCUUUCUCUGAAGACUGGCCAAACAACUAGCUAAAUGGAAACCGUGCGCACAUAAUAGUUUAUGCAUUAUCUGCACAUUGUCUGUCUAUAUAUAAGAUGUUGGUUGUAUUUGCUGUCCUGUGGUGCUCCUUGAUUGUAAAUCUUUUGUGGUUUAUAAAGUCCUUGUUUUUGACAGUAAACGUGAGACUGUGUUAAAAUCA